AUGCUGACCCAAGGUGGUCCUCAUUCCUAUAUAUGUUCAUCUAUACCUAAUGUCCUAAUAUUCAUCCAUAUACAUGUUGGGUCUAUCUCCAUCAGAAGGGUCCAUGCUGAAGUGUGGGUAUUCAAUUUCCACCCAACGGUUCAGCACGCCUCGGAAUUAAUUCCAAAAAGAGGAAGAAAACAAAUAGAAAUUAAUCUUGAUGCCUGCCAAGCUUAUGCAAAUUUGAAAGAUUUAAUGCCCGAUGCAGGCAUCAAUAAAAUUAUUCAGAAAAUGAAAACAGACCUUGUCAAUAUUGAGAAGAAUCCAGAAGAAUUUCAAAAAAUUCAAUCAGAAAUUCAAAAAAAUGGAGAAAUAAAUUAUGAGUCUGGAAACUGGCUCGAUGAAGUUGACCGCACAACUUUAGUUCCAGUUGUGACUCCAAUAGAAGGUACGCCUAUUGAAAUAAAUCCAUUACGCGAAUCUCUUCAAACGGCAACAUACAUUACAAAAAAUUUCGAUUCUCCCUCAUAUAGAAUGGGCAGGAAAAUACACGAAGCGAUUAUCGCAGAUACUCCCCCUCAAAAUCAAAAAAAUCAGCAAAAAUACAUUCCUCGAAAUUAUCUAGCAUCCAAAUGUCAUCAAAUUUGGCAUGCUGAUAUCCACUAUUGGAGGAAACGAAUAGGCAAAUAUUUGUUUGCGAUAAUAGACGACAGAUCGCGAAAAAUCAUAGAUUUUAAUUUAUUUACCGAAAAAACAGCUCAAAAUACAACUGCAGUUCUUAAAAGAGCAUUAAGUACUCUACCUCAACCACCAUACGCUAUUUGGACCGAUAACGGCCUUGAAAAUAAAAGCUCAUUUCAUCAACUUUUGGUUGAACGUGGAAUUGAGCAUAUUUUCAUUCAACCGGGCAAUCCACAGGCAAAUGGUAAGAUUGAGAGAUGGUGGCCAUACGUGGAAAGAAACUGCAAGUCAGAAUCAGAUCUUCCACGGGUCAUCAGAUUUUACAAUAAUAUGCCCCAUUCUUCUUUGCCUGUGAAUCCUGAAACGAACGUUUACUUUACGCCGAAUGAAUUCGAGGCCAGUGAAAUUGAUGAUCACUGGUAUCGAAAUCCAGAACAAGAACCAUUCUGGAUAGUCGACGGUCAAUUAAAAAACCUUAAGGAAAGCAUUGACGAGUUCAGAAAAUGA